AUGAAGGGGAGGCACCCGUUUGAGUCAUACCGCUGCGGCGAGGAUGGGCUGGAGGGCUGGGUGGAGAGGCGCAACAAGGCUCUGCCUUUCCUGUGGCACAAGCGAUGGGCCGUCCUGCAGCCGCGCAGCAGUUCCCAGCCUGCCCACCUGCUCUUCUACAAGAAGUCGAUCGAUGCAAGACCCGAGUUGGAGAUUAAUCUCGAGAGGAUGGCUGUACUGCCUGUGAUUGGGCAAAAGCCCAUCUUCAAGCUCGCCCACCCCAAGUACGAAACCGUCUACGUUGCCCUGCCCACCAAGAAGGCGCCGGUGUGGAAGGAGCGCGCGCUCACCCUGUCCGAGUUCAUCCACUCCUACCUCCUCCCCAGCAGCCGGCACGACCACCACCGCAGCGCCGACGGCGAUGAGGGUCUGCCGUUCGAUCGAAUCGGGUACCUGGCGCAGCACGCGCUGAUCGAGCAGCUGCCGGCGCUGCAGGAGGACUUUGCGCCGCCGCAGUACUGCGCGCUGGGCGAGCUGUCCAACAUCAACACCUGGCUGGGCACCUCGGGCACGGUCACCUCGCUCCACUUCGACAGCUACGACAACCUGCUGACCCAGGUGGCCGGCUACAAGUACGUGCGCCUCUACGACCCGAGCCAGACGCCCUUCCUCUACCGCGACGCCGCUGCAUCGGAUUCCACCGACGACACAACCACCAAGCCCGACGAAAAGAAGGGGAAGGAGAAGAACGAUGGUGAUGACGACGAUGGUCAUGGUAAUGAAGAGGAGAAGGGGGAGAUGAUGGCGAUCUCGGCCCAGAGCGCGAAGGCUCAAGGCAACUUUAGCGCGGUGGUGAACAUCGAGUCGCCGGACUGGUCGCGGUAUCCGCUGCUGCGCGAGGCGGUCUACACCGAGACCAUCCUCGGGCCGGGCGAGAUGCUCUUCAUCCCCCAGAACUGCUGGCACUACGUCCGGUCCCUCACCACCUCCUUCUCCCUCAACUUCUGGUUUUAA